AUGUCUGCCAGGACAUCUCUGCGCGCCUUCCUCUCCAGCGCGCGCUCUGCGCUGGUCGCGCCUGCUGCGCAGAGAAAGAGCCCUUUGACGUUGGUCGUUGGAAACGAGUCUGCAGACCUCGACUCCCUCUGCUCCACCGUCAUCUACGCCUACCUGCGCACCACGAACCCCCCGCACACCCUGCACAUCCCCAUUUCGAACUUGCCCCGCGACGACCUCAAGCUGCGGCCUGAAAUGACGGCCGCCCUUGCUCAUGCCGACCUCAAGCCUGCUGACCUACUCACCCUCGACGAUAUCCCGCCCUCGCUUCCUGCAGACGACACCCGUUGGGUUCUCGUCGACCACAACGCGCUUACGGGCGCCCUUUCGAAGCGAUUCGCGAGCCGAGUGGUGGGUUGUGUGGACCACCAUGCUGAUGAGGGCGUGGUCCCGACGGAAACCGGGGAGGAGCCGCGCGUGGUGGAGAAGUGCGGCAGCUGCGCGAGUCUAGUGGUGGAGUACUGCCGUCAGGUGUGGGAAGCGGCUGCCGUCGAGGGUGGGCAGGGGAAGGAGGAGGAUGCGCAGCUGGCGAGGCUGGCUUUGGCGCCGAUCUUGAUCGACACAACAAACCUGCAGUCCAAGGACAAGACGACCCCCAAAGACGUCUCGGCCGUGGAGUUUCUUGAAAAGAUUGCGGGCGUAAAGUUUGACCGGAACGCUUUCUUCAACGAGAUCUCCGACGUGAAGGAGGACAUCUCCUCGCUCGGCUUCCGCGACAUCUUCCGCAAGGACUACAAGCAGUGGGACGACCAGGGCUCUGGCCCGAAGCCCACCGUCAUGGGCGUCUCGGCCGUGGUGCAGAAUCUGGAGUACCUGCUGUCCAAGGCCGAUGGGGACCACAGCGUCCUGCUCGAGGAAUUUAGGAAGUGGGCUGCGGAAAGGGAGCUGGAUAUCGGGAUCAUCAUGACGACGGCGCACCCCGAUGGGAAGUUUCAGCGGCAGCUAUUCAUUUGGGCAUUUAACAAGAACGCUGUCGAGGUAUGCAAGAACUUUGUAAAGGGGUGGAAGGAUGACCUGGGUCUGGAGAGCUGGGGUGAGGGGAGGUUGGACCAGGUUGGAGAGGACGAGUGGCGGAUGGCGUGGAGUCAGGGGAACAUUAGGCACUCCAGGAAACAGGUUGCGCCAAUGUUGAGAGAGGCUACUAAAGGUGACCCCAAACUUUAA